ACUGAUAAACGUUGCAUAGCGGAGGCACUCUCCUCGCAUGAUGACUUGAAAGCCUCAGGGAUCUUCCUCGGCGAUGAGGAGAAGGAGCGGGGCGCUAUAGCCGCAUCUCCAGGCGCCAUCACCCCAACCUCCAACCCAAAACUCAUGUCGCCUACCCGCACCUCUGUGCCCAUAAAAUUGCCACCUAAAGUGCCAGACCGAUCACAGGGAGUUAGCCUCAAAAAGGCAGCUCUAUUUAGUGCCAGGAGCGCAGAUCGCGCCGACGACGAUUUCUUCCUUGAGGAAGACUUGGACGAGCAGCAAAACCUCGAUAGACAGGAGGAUCCAGCCCAGGAGGAGGACGAACUCUCACCUGCCACUUUCCCUGAUGAUGAGGAGGAUAAGGGUGGCUCUGACGAAGAGGAGGAGGAAGAGGCUGAUGAGGUUGUCGGCUCAAUCCCUGUGCCUCGCGGCCUAAUGGGAGUCGGUGGUGACGGUGGACGCCAACGCGACAAGGAUGGGGGCGCCAGGUAA